AUGCCUGAUCCGAAAGAGGAUGAUUAUGUAUUUCAACUUGAACCUGACUUUGAGCCAAUCCCGAUUCCACAGGAUAGUUUUGCAUAGAAUUAAAAAUGCGAGAAACUAAUCAUUAUCGACUAGAGUUAGUCUAACAAAAUAAUAAGUCCAGAAAGAGAUCUUAAACGACAAUAUAGCCGUAGAUCAAGGUCAACAAUUGCUGAUAACGAAUCAUUAGGUAAAAUUGACAGGAAAAUGGUAAGUAAUCUCUAUCAAGAUGUAAAUUAAAUAUAGAAACAAUAAAAUGCCAAUAAACUCGCCUAGAAUAAAGAGGCCUAAAAGCCAUAGAUGAAGGCACUUGAUAUUAAGGAGUUUAAAAAUUUAGAUGGCUUCAAUGAAGAUAUUAUUGACUUUUUAAGAGCAAGAGUCGAUUCAAAAGUAAAUAAAAGCACAGUAGUUCCAGAGAAGAAAAAGAGAGGAGCUGGAUUGCCAAUGUUUGGUCAAUAGCAAGAGGAAAUACUAAAAAAGGAUCAUACUUACGAUCAUGAUGGCAACUUGAUCGAAGUAAAGUCUGUUAAAACUGACUACUUGCCUAGCAUCUAAUUCAAUUAAACUCGAGUUAAGCUAAAUGGGCAGCAGUAAGUAUAUCAAAGUGAAUUUAACAGAAAGCAAAAAUCGAAAGCAUAAAUCCUUAAUCCUCACACAGAACACCUUUAAAAAGAGUUCAAUAACCAAUUGAACUCAAUGUUUGCCAAAGAAAACUAAAAGAUUGAAGUAACUAAAGAUAUAAUGAAUGUUAGAGACAGUGUGAGGCCUACUUAUGGUGUAUCCAUUUAAGAUGGUCCUGACCAUACCAUGAUUGGCCCCGAUUACAAAUCGAAAAUGGUUUAAUAUAAUAAAAUGUCAAGAAAAGACUAUAAGGAAAAGUAUGAUAACUUUGACAUCUAGCAUAGAUUUAAACUUAGGAAAACUGAAAAUGCCGAGUUAAAAGAGAGUAAAAUCCUAAACUAGAAUAAAAGUGAUAUUCUGAGUGAAAAUCUGAGGAAUUAAUCAAGUGAUCCUAGAUUAACAAUUGGCUCAAGAAGAAAAGUUAAUAGAACUGCGGCUCUUUAGUAAAGAAUAAAGGUUUUGGCGUCAAAUGCAAAAGAGGAAGUAAUCGAUAGAAGCAUCAAUAACAGCACUGGGCAAAAUUAUUACAAUAGCAAACUAAACACUCCUAGCUACAAUGGUACAUUGAAUAACAACCUUAUUAAUUCAAUGCUUGUAACUUAACAGAAUGAUUUAUCAAUGAGGUCGACUCCAAAAGACCCAUUUUUCUCUUAAAGAAAUAGGUUUUCUGCUAGAAAUAGUUCUAGUAGGUUGAAACCUGAUAAAGUCAUCAGCAAGCCAUAAGAUCUUGAAACCAGACAACUUAGCAUUUAAUCUCAAUUAAGUAUGAGAUAGAAUGCUAGAAGGCCUAAUGAAAGUGCUGCUGGAGAUCCAUCAACUUAUAACAGAAAAAGACUUUCACAGAAUGAUAAUACUUUCCAGAGCAUUAUUUCUACUUAGAUUAACUUCUUAGAUAGAUCAACUGUUUAAUCAUAAAUGGGCACAAGAAGUAGGCUGAAUAAACUCAAAAUGAAAUAAAAACUGCUGAAAGAUGAGUAUAGACCAGAAAUACUCCCUCCGCCUCCAGUAGGUAAAUCUACAGGACAUGGUCUUGCAAAAAGGCAGAGCUCAAUUGUAGAAGAACCUGAAAAAUCUAUUGUUAAGAGAGAGUUUUCAAUGGUAAUUGCUGAUUGA